UGCAGGCGGAAGUCACGUUGUUUCCACUCUUUCGACUGAAGUUAUGGGAGUCACUGCUAACGUUACCGAGGGGAAACAGAAAAGGGGUUUUAACAGCAAAAAAACAGCCAUACUCAGGUAGUAGGGGCCAAGAUUCGUUUCAGCUAAAAUAGUAUUAAACCUGUUAAGGAAACGAUGUCGAAAACAGAGAGCAAAUCCGCUAAGGAUCUGACAGAAGCGAUGGAGGAAACAAUGCAGAGACUUCAGGGACAAUUCAAGGGAAUUUCCGAGCAGCUGGAGUCCAAAAUAGAUGAGAUGGGAACACGCAUUGAUGACCUUGAGAGCAACGUGUCUGAGCUCAUGACGCAGGCCGGCAUGGAGGAGCAGGCCACUUCCUGUCAUGUGACCUCCAAAAACUGAGAUUUCCCUUUAGUGGGGACACUUCACUUCACCUCUUAUCACUUUAAAAUGUAGCCAAAUGGAUGCUUUGCUGCUAACAAAUCUGUGUGUUUCUCUCAGUACUAACACUAAUCACAGGCACAAUAUUUGUCUUAACCUUUCUUUAUAGUUAUAAGAAAACACAACUUUUUUUUGGUUUUAGUGCAUGAGAUGUGAGAUUCCAGCAGACCAAAAGGCUUUCAGGCACCUUGUAGACAUUUAUUUUGACUUGUUUUAUUUUAUAGUCAAUGUUUUCCGACCAAAAACACUACUUCUUUGUAACCUCAAGGCUUAUCAACGCAUCAGAUGCAGUCCCUACCUCAGACAAAGCUUCUUUUUUUUAUUAUGAAUAAACUUGAGCUUGUUCUUUGGCUGCACUCUGGAACAAAACAACCAUUUUUAACAAGGGCCUCUUACUUUAUCCAACAAAGUGUUAGUAGCCGAAGUUUGUUGCCAUCACAUCUCUGAGUUUUAAAGAUCAGCUGUCUAUAUCUUAGCUGAUGUCACUAAAAUGUAGCAUCUAAAAUACGACCUUAUUGGAAGCAAAUCGACCUUUGAAAGACAAACCACUAAAGCCAUUAAUUAAUGCAGCAAACCUCUUCUGGUUUUAUAUCAUUUCUGCUACAGUAAUCUAAAUGUCUCUGCCUAUAUAUUAUCUCCGUGUAACUGUUUCAAAUGCAAUGUAAAGUCUGCUAUGCAGUGGCCUUAAAACGGGUGACUUUUAAGUGAUUUUGCAAUAUAUAUAUUUAUUUUGAUGGCUUUCACUUUUCUUGAUUUCUGGGAGACUUUUCAGUUUUUCACAUCUAUGCAAUUUAUUUGUGAGCAUAAAACUAUAUCAUGUAAAGCACAACUGUUUGUAUCAUCAUGUGUCUUCCUCUAUGUAACCGCCACUGUUUAAUGCACAUGGUGUUGCACUCUUAUGUAUUUAUAUAAUCUAUUAAAGCUUGAUAAAAAAAAGAAGAUGCUGUUAAUCACAAUAAUGGCAAUCCUGGAAAAAAUGACGAUUAAAAUGUUGAACUCUUAAAAUAAAGACUUAUAAAUAUGAAGAAUC